AAGAUCUAGUGAAAAUCCCCAAGAGUUUCUUACAGGAGGCAGAUGUCACCCUCGUAGUGAUCGGACAGUCAUCCCCCCGUCACAUUGAGCCUUUCUGCAGACUGACUGGGUAUUGCCAUGAAAUCUAUGUUGAUCCUGAGAGAGAAAUUUAUAGAAGAUUGGGAAUGAAAAGAGGUGAAGAAGUUACCUCCUCAGGACCGAGCCCCCAUAUAAAGUCAAAUAUACUCUCAGGAAGCAUUUGGAGCCUGUGGCGGGCAGUGACGGGCCCUCCUUUUGACUUUCAAGGAGACCCAGUUCAGCAGGGCGGCACCCUCAUCUUAGGGCCAG